AUGGAAAAGAGUGAGAAAGUAGAAGAAUUGAUUUUGCAUGAAGACAUAAAAGAGAUAAAAGAGUCUUCAUAUGACUGUGAUGUCUGUAAAAGGUCCUUCUCUCAAAAAAGUGACCUCACUGAACACAAACUUAUUCAUAGACAAGAAAAGCUAUAUCAUUGUGAUAUCUGUGGUAAAUCAUUCUCUCAAAGUAGUAAUCUUUCUAAACACAAGCGUGUUCACAGACGAGAGAAGUCACAUCAUUGUGAUAUCUGUGGCAAUAGUGCGUUACCAAGACACAAAUGUAUUAAUGCAGGAGACAAGCCAUGUCAGUGUGAUAUCUGUGGUAAAUCAUUCUCCAAAUGUAAUGAAUUAACUAAACAUAAACGUAUUCAUACAGAAGAGAAACCAUAUUGUGAUAUCUCUGGUAAAUCAUUCUCUUGA